AUGGGUCUCUUCGGCGACUUGCCUCCGCCGUCGAACGCUCCCAAGCCACCGACUCGCGCCAACCACGCGCCGUCAACGUCAACUCCGGCUGAACGGCCCGCGUCGGUUGCGCCAAAGUCGUCUGCACUCAAGUCGUCACUCAAAGGGAGAACGGAUGCGCGGGGUGAAGAGGGGACGGGGAAUGUCAGCGCCGGGGACGCGGGUGGGGGAUCGGGGGAAGGCGGAAAGACUAGGAAGCGCGUGGGGGUGGCUGUGGCGGACGAGGCAGAUGGCGACGCCCCCCCGCGCCGGCGAGUGCGCUUCCACACGUUUGCUGAGGUGGCAGAGGACAAGGUGACGUCAGCGAUAGCCAAGAUCGCCGCCCACAUCGGCACGCCGGCCAAGUUCAAGAAGGCGGCCGGCCUCGCUCGGCAGCUUCUGGAGGGCGGCGCACUGAACAGUGCCGCAACCAGUGCUAUGAACAGUGGAAUGAACACGGGGGACGUUGGGGGCGAGUAUGCUGCGCUGAUUGGCGCUGCUGUGGAGAGGAAGGAGGUGCGUGGGAGAGGGGGAGAGGUGGGCAGGGGAAAUGGUUGUGUGCUCAUAGUGGCCUGGGUAGAGGGCCAUGCUGUUUUCGCCAUGGCAGCAGCAGCAGGUGGAGGUGUGGGGAAUGCGCACAGUGCUGACCCAAUCCCUACGCACCGACGACAGCUUUCAGUUCUCCAGGGCGGUGUCUCGAGUGCAGCAGGAGAUUCCAUGUUGGGUUUAAGUGGGGGAAAGGGAGGCGGGAAAGGAGGUGAGGGAGAGGAGGGAGAGGAGGAGGAGGAGGAGGAGGAGGAGGAGGAGGAGGAUCCGUUUGGGGCCCAGACGGCCAUUGACAUGCUGGUGCAGCACGCCUACGACCACCGGCUGGCCCAGACGGCCAUUGACAUGUUGGCACGGCACGCCUACGACCACAGGCCGUGUGUUGAUGGGACCAGAGGCUCCCCUUCACUGCUCUGCCUGGCCCAGACGGCCAUAGACAUGCUGGCUCAGCACGCCUACGACCACCGGCGGCACUUCACCGGGCGGCAGCGGGCGGCAAUCGAGGCGCUGUGGACGAGUGUGAGGCAGCAGCAGCACGAGCGGAAGCACGGGGCGGGACGGGGUGGCACCGGCCGGCUGGAUGUGACUGCCUUUGAGCGCCUGCAGCGGCAUUACGAGGGCGAGGCGAUUAGUAUCAGGAAGGGGGUGGGGGGUGGGGGGGGUCGGGGCACAGUUACCUGGCUGGGGUGA